UCUACAAAAGGAAGCGCUCUCUCAUGCAAUUCGUGCUUCCCCUCUCUCUCUCUCUAGCUCUACUCCUCUCUCGCUCUCUCUCUCUCUCUCUCGCGCGCGCGAUCCAUCUCGAUCUCUCUCGAUUUCGAUCCCGAUCGAUUCGAUCGAUGGCUUUCGUUGCGAGAUCGGGGAUCUCGAUCGCGGCUCCGCCUCAAUUCGCACCGAGGAGAGUGGAAGUUAAUGGAACUAAUGGAUUGAAAUCUCUUUCCUUUUCUACCCAAAGGAAAAGCUUUCCAUCAAUUCAUUUGCGGCAAGCCAACAUGCGCUUCCGUGUUUCGUGUGCUGCAAAGCCCGAGACUGUUACAAAGGUGUGUGAGAUAGUAAGGAAGCAGUUGGCUCUGUCUGAUGACUCUCCUGUGACUGGCGAAUCAAAAUUCUCAACACUUGGGGCUGAUUCGCUUGACACGGUUGAGAUUGUUAUGGGUCUCGAGGAAGCAUUUGGGGUGAGCGUGGAAGAAGAGAAUGCUCAGGGAAUCACUACGGUGCAAGACGCUGCAGAUCUCAUCGAGAGGCUCGUCGAAGGGAAAUCUAGUUAGAUCUGUAAUGCGGUCGAAUAAAUUAGAAGGUUUUCUAUUUACUAUUUCUGCUAUUCCAGUGUUCUUUUAGUCAUUUGAUCUGCUAGCUACGGAAAAAACCUAAUGGAUGUUGGUGUAAUUCCGCGAGAUCUUCUUUAUAUAUAUGCAUGAAAUUUGACUCUUGAAGUUGAUGUAAUAUGUUCAGGUGCAUUGAUUCCUUUUGAAUCUGCAAAAGAAUAAAUAUUAUGAUCAUAUUACUUGUGACGAA